GAGCAGAUUGAGGGAUAUAGUGGGAGCAUCAACCAACUGGAGCAUUAUUGCCUUGAGCCCAGUAUUUCUGUAUAAUGAAGAGUACAUUCUGAAGCUGAAGUCAAGAAGAGUUCUGCUGCUGACCUCGGAGCCAGGAUGAGACUGGUGAAAACAGACUAUAGUUGAAUUUCUAUUGUUUGGUUUCUGUGUGUUUGUAGAUAAAUUUCUGAUUUACUCUCUGAUUAAUUUCUCUUAAACCUUUCACUGAAAGAUAUUGGAAGAAAAUAUUUUUAAAAGUAUAAAGGUGCAUCAUCUUGGAGAUUGCAUCUUUCCUUACUCAUCUAGUAUAUUCCAUUUCUAUGCAGUGGCAUAACUUCAAACAGUAACACUCUGGAGGAGUUGUUAUCUUUCUAUUUUCUCUGAACUCUGCAGUAUUCAUGUUGCCCAUAUGAGGUAAACCAUACUUCAUAUUUAAAACAAACAAACAAAUAACUGGAAUUUUCUGCUAGACAGCUAGACUUUUUACUGUCUUUGAUCAUGGAUUAUUUGUAUUUCCCCGUAAAUUGUAAAAAAGAAAAGAGAGAAUAUAAAUAUGUUGAAGUGAGACUGCUUUGUACCUCUCCUCUCCCAAAAAUAAAACUCAAGCCACAAAAAUCUUCAUCUUAAAUGGCUAAUACUCAGAAUUCAUCCCAAGUCAAAACUUAAAACAAAUUUUCUUUUUGGUGAAAAGGUUCUUUUUAUUGUUUUCUUUUUCUUUUUUUUUUUUAAAUUGGUUUUGUUAACCAUCACAAUUCAGAUGUCAGCAACACAGCACGCAGUACUGGAUGAAUGGCACAUAUCCACAAGUUUCAGUUACGCUGUGUUUUAUGCCUUCUCUUGCACUAUGAAAUAGAUUAAUAAUUUUGCAUACUCUUUGGCUUUAUACUGAAACCAUUGCAUGUUUAACCCUUUGGUUUUUAAUGCUUUGUUACUGGUUCUAGGGAUGUUAGGAAGUAGUUGCUUUGUUCAGUCAGGUUGCACUUUUCAGGGGAGGGAACUUGGCAGGAACAAGUAAGGACAAACGUUGGGCAGGGUUGUUCUAUUGUGGAGAUACUUAUGCAAGGAACCAAUAUGGUAGAUGAGGAAAAAAAGUGACAAUAGGGUGGCCCUUCCUCCCUUCUGAGAGUUGUAACUGAAUUGGUGGUGCUGGAAAAGCAGCUUUGAAGGGGUAGUGCUCCCUUUCCUGUUUUGUUUGUUUCCAUAGCUUUCCUGUAUAGUUGUAAGACAACUAGGUAGGAAGAGGAAGUGAAAUAGAUUAAUCUUCCCUUUCUUUUAGUUUGCUGACCUAGUGUAUGCUUUAUGAACUGAUGUAGGAGAAGUCACCUGUGGAUGAUAGCAAGUCCUAGCAGAUGAGUUCUCUCUGUUUCGUGCUAACCAGCACCAUACAGCUGCUUUACUUCUUGAGAGGGAUUGUAAGUUGACAGUCCUUUAAAAUUGGCACUGUAGGAAGAGUUGUGAUACAGUAGCUAUGGAAGACAUGAACAUGCACAAAAUCUCAUAUGUCAAAUUAUGUCUGAUUUGUUUUUUUCAAGGGGAACCAUUUUGAUAGCGUUCAGAAUUAGAUAAAUUUGAUUAAUCUCUUUAGUGCUUGCUACACGUACACAAAACUAUUUAAAACUUUUCUGCAGUAGUCUUGCUUAGAUUGUGUACAUUUCACUUUCUUUUCAAGGCACGCUUACUGGGUCUUGCUAUUUUCACUACUUUUUUUGUUUUCAUUUUGAUGAUCUUCAGUGUGACAUCUUUUAGCUAGUGUUUGCAGUUCUGUUGUCAUGCUCCAGGCAGCGUGCUGGGUUUUCUUUUUUACCAGGGAUCACGUGCAAGCAAUGCAAGAAAGAAAAGCUCUUCAUACUUUACUGGCAAAACGGCAGGAAGAUCUCCCUCCUAGAAGAAUGAAAGAUAGCUACUUGGAAGUUAUUCUGCCUCUAGGAAGUCAACCUGAAAUAAGAGAAAAGUAUCUGAAUGUACACAACAGUGUAAGGUUUGGAAGGAUCCUUGAAGAUCUUGACAGUUUAGGAGUUCUAAUUUGCUACACUCACACCAAGCAGGAAAUGCAGCCAAGGUCUCCCUUAUCAAUAGUUACAGCUCUGGUGGAUAAAAUCAAUUUGUGCAAGAAGAUUAUCUAUCCAGACUGUGAUAUCAAAUUCACAGGCAACGUUUCUUGGGUUGGAAGGACCUCAAUGGAAGUGAAGAUGCACAUGCUGCAGCUACAUGAUGGUGAUUACAGCCCCGUGCUAGAUGCAACUUUUGUCAUGGUGGCCCGGGAUCCAGAAAAUAAACGGCCAGCAUUUGUUAAUCCACUCAUUCCUGAGACCCCUGAGGAAGAGGAAAUCUUCAAGCAAGGGGAAUUGAACAAGGUGAAGAGGAUUGAUUUCAGCACAGCCUCCUUACUCAAAAUGGCUCCCACUGCAGAAGAAAGAAACAUUGUUCAUGACCUAUUCCUUAAUACAUUGGACACAAGGACAGUAAGUUUCCGGAGUCGUAAGUUACCGCCCAAUUCAGUGUGGAUGGAAGAUGCAAAGCUAAAAGGCCUACAGAUUUGCCAUCCUCAGGAACGGAACAUCUUCAAUAGGAUCUUUGGGGGUUUUCUUAUGAGAAAGGCGUUUGAACUGGGAUGGGCAACUGCUUGCAGCUAUGGGGGUUCCAGACCUUUUAUUGUAUCUGUUGACGAUAUCAUGUUCCAGAGGCCAGUUGAGGUUGGAUCCUUACUACUGCUCUCUGCACAGGUCUGUUACACAGAAAAAAACUACAUCCAGGUUCGAGUACACAGUGAGGUUUAUGAUGCAGAUACCAGGGAGCACCAGACAACCAAUAUCUUCCAUUUCACAUUUGUAUCAGAAAAUGAAGUCCCACAGGUUGUUCCUAAAACUUAUGGAGAGUCCAUGCUGUAUUUAGAUGGGAAGCGACACUUUGCUGCAACCAUGAAAGAAAUCUGACACGCACUGGAUGCUGCAUCAGCAGCGUAGCAGCAUGCUGUCUUGGAAAGAGCUGUCAUCAGGGAUGGCUAACAGACAGGUGUUUGCAAUACUUAAAAAAACCCAAAACAAACAAAAACCCACCCCAAACCAAACCCCACUUCAAAAAGUAUCUUUUUCAGUGCUAUUUAUGUAUUUGCAUAUAUUUGGAUUUUUUUAUUCUCUGCUACUAGGCUUUGUUGAAAUCUAUUUUUACAUGCUGAUGCUAGGAAAAAAGGCUGAAAAAAAUACCAUCUUAAGCUUUAGAUAGCUUCUCUUUAUCUGCUUUGAGAGAUCUCAUUAUGACCUUCACUGUCUUGUCACCAUCUGCCUUCUUUCCUGUAGUUCUUUGUGUUUCCCUGAUAAGGGAUAGAGGUUCUAUCAGAAAAAUAGGUGCAAUAAGUAGAUACAUACAACAGACAUGUUGUAUGUACAGAUGAAAGAUGAAGCCGUUUGACAUAAUGUUCUUGUGUAAAUUAGGUUUAGGGUCUUAUUUUUUUUUUUAACAAGGGCACAUGCAUCUGGGCAGCAACAUAAGCUCAGAAGUUACUAGUGUGUGCUCAAUGUAAAGCAGGUGUUUCCCAUCAGCUGGGAUUUUACAAGGUUGUUACAGCUUCUGUUUUGGAUGGUUUCAUAUUCCCUUGGGAGGAAACUGUUUUUGCAAUGAAAUGAGGUGGCCAGAUAGUCUCUUCUGGCAUUCUGUUUGCGUGAAGCCAGUCCUUGCCAGCUUCUUCUAACUUUGGCAGUUCUUUGGGAUGUAACUCUGAGUUCCUUAGUGAAUGGCUUGUAGAGAUCUCACCAUCUGACUGGUGAGACUGGGAAACGGCAUUAUAGAGCAGAACAUUUUGGUCUGUUAGGGACUGGGAGCAGGAAAGGUGAAAUGCUUCUCAAAUGGUAAUGGUUAUCUUUGAUGCUGGAGUUAGGGGUCCAGAGAAUCUGUGUUGAGCAGCUUCCAAGUCUGCUGCUGAAUGGUGGGAGGAUUUUUAUCCCACUGAGGGGUGGUACAGCUACAGGACAACAUCCUCAACUGGAUUUGUCUGGUUCCUUGGUAAACUGUAACGAAAUACGAGUGUUGCACAGCUUUCAUGGUUGUCAAGUUUACCUGUAAAUAGAGUAGUUCCCCAGCAGAGGGGACACCACGCUGGACGUAACUGUAGCAUGCAAGUAACAGGAAAAGAAGUACUUGAUUCUGAAGUGCGUCUGAUGUAGUGGAGAAAGUUUUAAUGAUCUCCAGUAUCUGGCAGGUAAAGCCCAACAUCCUGAAAUUAGGAAGGUGAGUGGGUGGGAGGCAUCAGCUUUUAGCAGUGAGGGUGAUUAGUCACAAGCACAAAACUGGACCUCUGGUACCUUCAAAUCAAGACUGAUACCCUGCCUGAUCAAGACACCCAAAGAGGAGUAGUUAGGGUCAGUCAUAGGUUAAACUGAUGAAACAUGAUGUCUUAUAGUGCACAAAAGACUCCGGCUUCCCUGCUGGGUUUAAAAUAUUUUGAAAUCAGGAAGCAGCAAGUAGAAAUUAUGUGAAUCAGCACAGAUGACAGGUUGAUAAAAUAAAGCAAUGUGUUGAAAUUUUAUUUUUGAGUAAGAAAGUUUUGAGAAAUUCACAAUUGGGACCAGCUUCCUUUGGUGCUAGGACAGCAUGAAGUUUAUGGCUCUGAAGAGCUGAUGCUGUUCCUGUGAGGAGAGUGAGCACCGUAAUAACCAGCACAACAGCCAGCCGUGCCUUCCUGGGAUUUGGUUGCCUGUGUUUCUAAGCUAGAGAGCUUCCCAGUGGAGGCAUGGGGAUGUUGCCCAGUUGGAUCAGAUUAAUGCAUUGCAGUGAUAGUAAGGUCUAUUUCUCUCUCUGAGAGAGGUUUCUCUCUUCAGCCACACGCCAGUGCUGCUUCAACUCUAUGAUGUUAUGGCUUUUUUAUGUAGUGGUUAUGAUACCAUGGAUAUGUAUGGUAUUUUCUGGUUUUCUCCUCCUUAAAACUCUCGAGAAGCUGAAUGGACUUGACUGACCACACAAAGAACUGAAAUUCUAUCCCAGCUCCUUCUUCCCUCGCUGCACGGGUCACUGCUGGCUGUUGAAAAAUGAGUAGGAAGGUGGGAAGUGGAGGGAUCUAUUUCAGAACUAUGUACUGCUCCUCACUCUGUGUGGUUUUUUAUCGUUGACCCAGUGGUCCUACCUGGGUCGCUUUUGUAUGACCUUUGUAAGUUAAGGGAGCACCAAGUUCUUCCUCUACUGUCUUUUCAGCUGCAUUUAAAUAGGAAUUUAUCAUCAUUUUAAAAUUCAGCCUUCAGGAAGGGACUGGGGAGGAGAAAAAGAGGUAAUACAGAGCAAGGCAUGACGUCAACACCUCUGGACACAGUGGAGAAAGCAAAUCCCACAAGUAACGAUGAUGCUUAGAAGAAUUAGUGUGUUUCCAAAGUUCACAAUAACUUAAUCAUAUACCACAAUCACAGUAGUUAUAGAGAUGUAUGUACAGUCAUACAGAAUGUGUGUAUAUAUAUAUACAUAUGUAAAAGGUAUAAAAUAUAUAUAGUAAUAAACAGAAAGAUCUAGUCCUCUCUGAUAAUAGCCUAAAUGUAUCUUUGUCAAGGGUGUUAUUUAUGCACAUUGCUGUAUACCUUUGUGUGUGAGAGAGAACUUCUCAGAUCUCACAUUCAGUAUUAAAAUAUUUUAAUGUAGUAAACAAUCUUGAGUUUAUACUGUAGCUUAAUAACCAGCCUGUCACUGCUGUGACUGACCAUUACCACACAAGCCAAAAGGUAUUGGUAUGAAAUCUUUUUAUUUAUAGUGAACUUACCUGUGUAAUUGGCUGCAGCUCUGGAGUGGGAAGUAAAUGUUUCUGUGCCCAUCGCAUCUUGGAAUGCAGCGAGGAAGAGGAAGCCUGUGGUAGCUGGAUUGCCUCCCCUAACCCUCUCAGUAGAUAAUGGUGAUAUAAAAGGAGAUUUUUCAUAGAAUGUAGAAUGGUUUGGGUUGGAAGGGAUCUUAAAUAUACAUCCGAACUCCAUUUUUGUGGAACUGGCUGAGUUCACUGCCCAAAGAAGCACUUUGAUUCAAAUGUUUUUAUUUUUCUGUGUUUUAAAAAAAAAUAAAAUAAAAUUAACAUUACUUAUUCAAACUUA